AGUGUUCGUUUCAGAUUGACGAUGUGAAUUUACAAGAGAUGUAUUGUUCGGAUGUACUCGACUGUCAUAACAGUUAUGAUCAAAAGUGAUUUCCGAUUCACGGCAAGGUGUGUAUUGCGAUCAUUCCGGAAGUGUUACUUCACAAAGGCGUUGCGUGAAACAAAAAUGCCAAAACUGAAGAAUAUCCAAGGUGCGCAAGAAGUCAGAGCGGCGAUUUUAGCCCGUUCUAAAUCACGGAAAGGGUAUGAACCUAGCGAAAUCACUCUUCAAGUUCUUGGUCCUGGAUCAUUCGGAGGAUGUCGAGCGUUGGUUCUCAAUUCCGACGCAAUGACGUACCUGUUCAACUGUGGGGAAGGCUGUCAACGUUUGUUCACAGAACACAAAGUUAAGCUGACGAAACUAGAGCAAGUUUUCUUGACGAGCAAUUCUUGGGAUAAUUUAGGUGGUUUGCCUGGUUUGGCCAUAACUGCUGCCGACAUUGGGAUCCCUUCACUGUCUCUCCAUGGCCCUCCAGGCUGCGAGCGCUUAAUUUUGGAAUCGGAAGGAUUUGUCAACGUUGAUGAAAUGACUGUCUUCAAAAAAGACUGCUGGAGUCGCCAAGAGUUUUCGGACGAAUUAAUUCAAGUUAAGACCGUCCCGUUUUACGGUCAACGGAAGACGACUCCUCCCUCGGCGGAUCCGCCUCCUGCAUAUUCUUUCUAUUGUGAACGCAAAGGGAAGCAAGGAAGAAUUCGUCUGAAGUCUGAAAGUGACUCUGAUGGGUGCAGCUUGCAAUCCGACCCGAAAAAACUGAAGACGCUGGAAAUUCCGGAAGAAAUGAAGAAGAGGGAAGUCGGACUGAUUUACAUUGUGACCACUCGACCGAAACUCGGUACAUUGCUGCUUGACAAAUGUAUAGAUUGUGGAGUGCCAACUGGCCCGUUGCUAGGAAAAUUGAAGAAUAAUAUCCCGGUAACCUUACCUGAUGGCCGCGUUGUCGACCCAAAAGAUGUACGAUCUCCGGAUGACCCCGGUCGUACUUUCUGGGUUGUGGAAUGCCCUGGGUUCGAAUAUCUCGAUAGUUUCUGCUCUGUGUCAUCAAGCUUAUGCGACACAUUUCUUCAAAAACCUGAGGAAGAGCCCAGUGUGAUUGUUCACUUCACACCGAUGGACAUAGUAAAUGAGGAGAGAUAUCGGAAUUGGAUCAAGAGAUUUCCCGAUGCAGUUGUUCAUUUGUUUUUGAAUGAAGAAGUACCCUGUUCGGGAGCAAUUGAUGUUCAUCGGCUACAGACAAAAUUGAAUCUCCUGGAUUCUCGGCUAUUUCCAGCUCUCAAUGAGAGUUAUCCCAUUGUCAAUGAGAUGGAGCGUGAUUAUGAAUACAUGAAGAUAGCCUCGGAUGUGGCGGCGCAGAAUGCAUAUUUUGGUUACCCUGGUGUCAGGUUUAGGUUAAGAGCUCGAAGAAAUGAACCUAUUCUAGGUUUGGAUCGGCAAUCUUCUUUCCUAUUGAAGCAUCAAGAGUACAUUGACGAAGUAACCGCGUUUCCGGACGCUGUGAAUCUGAUAGAGGGAACUAAAGAGAAGAUUCGGGAGAUGAGAAGCUGUGAUGCUUUGAAAAAUAAUGAAUACCCCGAAAUUGUUUUUGCUGGCACAGGGUCCGCAAUUCCAAACAAAAGCAGGAAUACAUCCGGAAUUUUGGUUACCAAAAGCGAAAAUUCUCGAAUUUUGAUGGACUGUGGCGAGGGUACACUUGGACAAAUUGCGCGUUUUUUCGGUGCGAAGAACCAUGUUGAAGGAAAGAAUGUUUGGGACGUUCUGCGGGAAUUGGACGCCAUUUACGUAUCGCAUCUUCACGCUGACCACCACAUCGGUCUUGUCGGUCUGCUGCGAGCACGGAAGCGAGCUUUUGAUAAAAGCCUUGGUGGGGGCGAAAUUUUUAAACCUGUGAUGCUUCUAGCGCCCGUCGGACUAAAGUGGUGGCUUAAUUGGUUCUCGGACGUUUUUGAGGAUAUCAGGCCUUCCUUCGUGUUCUUUGAUAAUAGGGACUUGAUGAGGGAAGAGAGCGGUACUCUCCGUGCGCCGGAUUGCGUGGAAAGUUUGAAGCGGGCAUUGGAUUUGGAAGAACUUGAAACGUGUUUUGUUCCACAUUGUCUCCACGCUUUCGGUUUUCGCUUUCGACCUCGAGGUGGUAGAAGUUUGGUAUAUUCUGGAGACUGCAGACCAAGUGAUAAUCUAGUGAAACUCGGGGACUCCUGCGACAUUCUGAUACACGAGGCAACUGUUGAAGAUGAUCUCGCGGAAGAUGCGGAAAUGAAACGACAUUGCACUGCUAGUGAAGCGUUUCACGUAGCAAAACGAAUGAAGGCGAAGCACAUCAUGUUCACGCACUUUUCACAGAGGUAUAAAAUCCCUGUGCUUUCUGAAGAGGUAGCUGCACGUGUUGGCAUUGCUUUCGACAACAUGAGGGUAAGUUCAAAUGUACCGUAUGUACUGGUUUUUUUUUUCUCGCAAGUUUUGAUGAAUUGUACUCGAAUUUCAAGAAUUUUUUGGUUUCAUGUCUGCUGAGAAAUUAAAGUGGUUUUUCUUUCAUUUAAAUUACGAGUACAGUAUUGUGCUUAUUGCACAAGUCGGUGAAUAGUUCGGUGACUUGGUAUGUAUAUCUUUUCCCGUUAGCGAAAAAUGUCUUCGAUUUGACGCAACAUUUUCGAUUGAAUAACUUCAAUUUUCCAUUUAAUAUUUUUCAAAUCUUACCUGAAAAUUUUUUUCGAACUCUAUCGCCACUGAUUCGCCGAUCUGAGUUUCCCUUUUUUAUUUUAAAGACUAGCUUAGUUCAUAAAAAUUUGAGGAACUUGAACCCAUUAAUAAUUUCUUUCAAGUUCCCCGUACAUGUAAUGCGGUAUUUGGGAAGUUCUUGACGCAGAUUCCGGAACUUGUGAAAUGCCCUUACUAAGCGAUAAAGUUGAAGCUACAAUGUAUUUUUUCAAUACAAGUGCUUCAGUAUUUUGUGUGUGUUUUCUUCUCAACUUGAACAGUUUUCAAUUGAAGGCUGUUAUUUUACGCUGUAUAAUGAUUAAUUUCAGAGAAUUUUUUCAGGUUACUCCCAAAGAUUUUGGCGUAUUGCCGCAGUUGUAUCAUCCACUUAAAGCCAUGUUUGCUGAGCACAUGGAGAAUAUGGAGAUAAAAACUGGGAAAUACGUAAAAAGAAGACUGGCUGCCGCUGCUCAACCCAUUCGAGAGGAAGUCCAGUAAUAUCGCUCCAAUGAUGCGAUAGUGGUCGGGGAAAAAUGAAAUUCUGCUGUUUAUUUUUCCCGGUUGAAUUUAGCAUUCAAGAAUGACAAGUUCUGGGAAAGAGAAUCUAACCUGUAAUUUAUGUAAUUUUUAGAUUCCGGUGUUCAAUUAUGCGUGUAAAACCGUGUUUGAGUCGACUGCAAUUUUCGCUGUCGAAUUUACGCUGUUACCAAUCCGCAAGAUCAGCUUCUUCGGUUGCAAGCAAACCCUUGGAGGAUUUCGUCCAGAAGUCCAUUUUACCCCAGAUUGCUGAAAUAAAAAAUGCCGGUACAUAUAAAUCUGAACGUGUGAUUAAAACGAAACAAGCAGUUGAAAUUGAGGUUCAAGGGGUGAAAACAAAACUGCUCAAUUUCUGCGCCAACAAUUAUUUGGGUUUGUCGAGUCAUCCAGCUGUGGUUGCUGCGGGGAAGAAAGCGUUGGAUGAGUACGGUGCUGGUCUCAGCUCUGUUCGUUUUAUUUGUGGAACCCAGAGCAUCCACAAGGAAUUGGAAAAACAAAUCGCGGAAUUCCACGGCCGCGAGGAUACAAUUUUGUACGCGAGUUGCUUUGAUGCAAAUGCUGGUAUCUUCGAAACUUUGCUUACUCCUCAGGACGCCGUUUUAUCGGAUGAAUUGAAUCAUGCUUCAAUUAUUGACGGCAUUCGAUUGUGCAAGGCUCAGAAAUAUCGCUAUAAGCAUAUGGAUUUGAACGAUCUGGAGACAAAGCUGAAGGAAGCUGUGAGCGCUGGUGCAGUCAAUAAACUCAUUGUUACGGACGGCGUGUUCAGCAUGGAUGGAGAUGUUGCUCCUUUACCGCAAAUCUGCGAUUUAGCUGACAAGUAUAGAGCAAUGGUUUUCGUCGACGAAUGUCACGCCACUGGAUUUUUUGGAAAAACUGGAAGAGGAACUGAGGAAUUCUUCGGGAUCGAAGGGCGAGUGGAUUUCAUCAAUUCAACCCUAGGCAAAGCUCUCGGUGGAGCUGCUGGAGGCUACACAACUGCCAAGAGAGAAGUGAUCGAUCUACUCCGUCAGCGGUCGAGGCCGUACCUUUUUUCGAAUUCGUUGCCGUCACCGGUCGUCGCUUGUGCUUCUGAGGUGUUCAACCUGCUAACUUCCAGUAGUGGUUUCGCCGAGAAGGUUGCGUCGAAUACAGAACGCUUCCGCGAGGGAAUGACUGCUGCUGGGUUUGAAAUUUCCGUGAGUUGUGACUUGAGAAAAAGAAUUACUUUUGAAUCUUACAAUGAAUGCUCCUCAUUUCAGGGUAACAAUCAUCCAAUUUGUCCAGUAAUGCUGUACGACGCCAAGAUUUCGGCCUUAAUGGCGGAGAAGUUACUGGAUCAAGGCAUAUAUGUGAUCGCAUUCAGCUAUCCAGUGGUUCCAAAAGGAAAGGCUCGUAUCCGAGUCCAAAUCUCUGCUGCUCAUACGGAGAACGACAUCGACCGAACCAUCGAGGCGUUCACAACUGUUGGCCGAAGUUUGGGCGUUUUGAAAUGAGCAGUGCCGAGAAGAUGAGAAUUGCCACAGAUCGUUUGAUUUGGAAAGAAGUGUUCUCUAUUGUGUGUUGUUGCUUUAUUUGAGCUUUAAAUGAGAAAAAAGUUCGGAGUUAUUCUUACGGACCACCUUCAGUCUAGGCAAUCUUACGUGGAUUUUUGCAUUCAGAAUCUCCAAGGUUUUGUAAAAGCAGACUGCUUUUCUGAACACGUAGAUUUUAUACCCAUGAGUUUCGUCGGGCGUCGGUUGGAAGAGAAAUUUUACGCACGUUCUUGUUGA